AUGCGCAACGGUGUGUCGCCUGGUUUUGGUGAUCGGCCCUGUUGUGGUCGUGUUUCCACGGCACCGACCUUAUCUUGCACCCUGAUGAUUAAGGGGUUGUCGCGCUGCUCCUCGCUGGACGCCCCAUCCUUGGCCCCAGCAACUGAGAUGAAGGCAGUAGAUAAUGUGAGCGCACCGUUGCUCUCUUUCGGUCGAUUAGCCCAUAGGCAUUCUCUUGGAGAGGCGCGGUCAUUGCGUGUUCCACGUGCGACAAGGGUCCUUCAAGGAAGCGGAAAAAUACAGGAGAGAGGAGGGGUGAUCAAGAGUGCGGAAAAAAACGACGUCGCUGUAAGCACGCUGGGGUUUCCCCAUUCGCCUUCCCAGCAGAAACGGGAGCAACGAUCGACGUCACGUCUCUCUAGCUGCGGCGUCCGUUGGCGCGAGCACAAUCAUGACGGGCCCAAAUCGAACGAGCAACCGGAACGCCGGUGCCGACGCCCUGGGUACAGGAAGGGAUUGGUUUCGACUGCAUCACAGUCGUUGUUUACUGCACAGCAGCAACUCUGCACAGCCCAGGAGGAGGCGGCAAGGAGCGCCAUUACGGCGGAGAUGGUGGAGGAGUUGGUGUCCAUCGUGUUGCUCGAAAAAAAAAAUAACGACAGGGUGUUCAAGAAGUUUGACGCGUGGAGGAGCAAGUUUGGAGACAUCAACGUUAUAACGGGUGCGUCUUCGAUGCAACAUGACACCCUUGUACAGCCCACCAUUAUACAAGCCCGUGACAGUGACCUCCUUCGCGCACUGAUGCAGGCAGAGACACGGAUUGCACAUCUACAGGGCCACCAAAGGGGCGUACAGUUCGGAAGUAGCAACUGCGCACCACCGAAUCUCCCUGCGGUGGAACUCGGUAGCGGGAGCGGUGCGCACGACAUCCGAGGGGAUCUUUCUCAACCAAGAGACAGCACCACCACGUCCGCUGCACGAGAUGGGUUAGGCACCACCGAAACAUCCACCUACAAACCACUUGGGCCUCAUGUACAUGUUUUGUAA